AUGAAAAAGAUGGUCGACGGAACACUAAUAGUGAUGAGGUCUCACUCUAAUCAUGAGCGCUUAGAUGAUACCCCUGAAUUAGUAGAUGCUUUAAAAGCAGUACUAAAAAGAAGAGCUGCUACUGAAAAUAUUUUAUUAAAAGAAAUUUAUGACGAAGAGUGCCUAAGGCAUCCGAUAGCAGCUAGUUUAUAUCCAUGGCCUACAGCUGAAUCUUUAAUGCGUUUGGCCCGCAGGUCAGUAAUGCCUAGAUUGCCGGGGAGCCUUCAGGAACUAGCCACCUUAUUUGAUAAUGGGCAUCUUCAAAGAUACAAUUGCUGUGACAUUACAAUAUUUAGGAGCUGUAUUCGUGACCUUGAUGGUAAAACUAGCCUGAUAUUUGCAUGUCCAAUUUUGUCACAAAGUUUAUUUGGAACUGGAAUUGAGGAGCUUCAUGUAGACGCUACUUUUAAAGUGGUUCCAGUAAACAUGGGCUAUCAAUUAUUGAGCGUACAUGCUAUGAUACAAAAUUAUUCAAUACCAAUUAUAUUCGCACUAAUGGAAUCGAAGUCUAGAAAUUCAUAUGACAGUGUAUUUCGAUAUGUCAAAGAUAAUCUUUUAGCAAACAUUUCUCCAAGGAUUAUUAUAAGUGAUUAUGAAUCUACACUUAGAGAUGUUCUACAAUCAUAUUUCCCUGAAGCUCGAACAUCUGGUUGUUGGUUCCACCAUAAUCAAGCAGUUUUUAAAAAUAUGAAAAGUAAAGGAUACUAUAGGCUUGUAAAUACUAACCAAUUUGCACUGCAAAGCUUAAAGCUUUUAUUUGGCCUUCCAUUGCUUCCAUAUCAGGAUAUAGAAAGAGCAUUUCAAUUAAUUAAGAUGUAUGCAAUCAACCAUGGAGUAGCAAUGCAUAAUUUAUUUGACUAUUAUGAGAGGUAUUGGUUGCGCCGUGUGGGAACUCAGAUAAUUUCAGUUCAUGGACUUCCUAGGCGUACAAACAAUAAUAUUGAAAGUUUCCACAAUAAGUUAAGAAUAAAAUUUUCAGUGACUCAUCCCAAUUUAUGGAUAUUUUUAAGUAAUUUGAGUAAUUUAUUUAAUAAUUACCAUAUCAUAAUGAGGCAGCUUGAAAAUAAUCUUCAACCUACUAGGAGUUUGAAGGCAAAAUAUUUAUUACAAUCCAAAAGACUUAAAAAUGCCACAAGUCAAUACGAUGCUGGGAUCAUAAGUAUGUGGCAGUUCAUGCAAUUGACUUCGUAUACCACAUCAAGAUAUAUAUCUCGACAUAUAAAUUGGAUCAAUGAGGUAGAUCCAAAUUCUGAGCCAGAAGUGGAAGCUGCUGCUGUUGUACAGCCUAUUCAGGAACCACAACUGCCUAUAGCUCCACAAGUGUCAACGUGCAUGGUAUGUUUGAAUGCAAGAGCAGCAAAUAUUCAACAGUAUAUUGUUAUUCCUUGUGGUCAUGCAUGGGUUUGCAACAACUGCAUUACAUCGCUUCCAGCAUCAACAAGAUGCCCUUUAUGUCGAAUGGAAGAAGUCACUUUUCAAAGAAUUUUCUUAGACUAA